GUCACGUCCCAGUCCCCCCGAGUCAUGGCCCCAUUGGCCUGGCGCCUCCUCGCCCUGGUGUCCGCCCUCCUCAGCCUGGUGUCCUGCCUGGAGUGGAGGGCCCACAGCCAGGACCCCUUCGAGAAGUGCAUGCACGACCCUGACUACGAGCAGCUGCUCAAGGUCGUGACCCUGGGCCUCAACCGGACCUUGAGGCCCAGGAGGGUGAUCGUGGUCGGCGCUGGCGUGGCCGGGCUGGUGGCGGCCAAGGUGCUCAGUGAUGCCGGACACAAGGUCACCAUCCUGGAGGCCGACAACAGGAUCGGGGGCCGUAUCCUGACCUUCCGGGACGGGAAGACGGGCUGGAUCGGGGAGCUGGGAGCCAUGCGCAUGCCCAGCUCGCACCGGAUCCUGCACGAACUCUGCAGGAGCCUGGGCCUCAACCUGACCAAGUUCGCCCAGUACGACGAGAACACCUGGAUCGAGGUGAACGAGGUGAAGCUGCGCAACUAUGUGGUGGAGAAGAUGCCCGAGAAGCUGGGCUACAGGCUGCUGCCCCGCGAGAGGGGCCACUCGCCGGAGGGCAUCUACCAGAUGGCGCUCAACAGGGUGCGUGCCCGCAGGCCCCUUCCUUCCCGCCCUGCUUCAAGGGAAGCCUUCCCUGAUGCCCUCAGGGAGCUCCUAACUUGUCUGACAUCUCCACCCCGAGAACAGAAUGGCAAGUGUGUCAGUGAGUGUGAGGGGGUGUCCUUCACGCCGCCGCUGCCGCGCCAGCGGGAGGAGGCGCUGCGCGCGCUGCACUACGUGCCGGCCACCAAGGUGUACCUGAGCUUCCGCCGGCCCUUCUGGAACGACGAGCACAUCGAGGGCGGCCACUCGAGCACCUUCCGCCCGUCGCGCGUCAUCUACUACCCGCCGCCCGGAGAGGGCGCGCUGCUGCUGGCCUCGUACACAUGGUCGGACGCCACGGCCACCUUCGCCGGGCUGAGCCUGGAAGACGCGCUGCGCCUGGCGCUCGACGACGUGGCGGCGCUGCACGGCCCGAUCGCCUACCGGCUGUGGGACGGCAGCGGCGUCAUCAAGCGCUGGGCGGAGGACCCGCACAGCCAGGGCGGCUUCGUGGUGCAGCCGCCCACGCUCUGGCAGACGCCCGGCGAGGAGCGGCACGCCAACGACUGGGCCGUGCCCUUCGGCCGCAUCUACUUCGCGGGCGAGCACACGGCCUACCCGCACGGCUGGGUGGAGACGGCCGUGAAGUCGGCGCUGCGCGCCGCGGUGCUCAUCAACAACCGCGAGUGGGAGCCGGAGCAGGGCCAGGGCCAGGGCCACGCGCACAGGCACAAGGCGCCCGGGCGCGAGGAGGGGCGGGGCCGCGCGGCGACCGGCCACUUGGGGUCGGAGCUGGAGGAGGCCACCAACCUCCCGUUCCUGCAGCUGACCUCGCAGCACUCCACGCACCAGAGGGAGCCGCAUUAAAGUAUUUUCGGAAACAGCCGUGUGGUCCGCCCCGCCCCAGGGUGCUCGCGCUGCCGGGAGUCCCGGCCGGGAGGGGCGCCGCGGGGAGAGCGAGCUGGGGAGCCAGCCCGACCAGCACCACCGCUGCAGGGCCACAGCGGGCGCCGCCCCGCGCCCAGGGGGGGGUC